GGGCUUGAACGGGAACCGGGGCCGGCCUCGCUGCGGAGCCCCUGCCCGCUCUCCCCGGCACACCGACAGCGGCUGCCGGGGCUACUGCAGCGGGGCCGCGACCCCUCGAGUCUCCCGGCAGCGGCCCCCGCGGCUGCGCGGGGCACAAGCUGGGCUCCGGGUCCCGGCAGCCAUGCCCUUGUCUCCCUCCCGGGCACGGAGCCGGGGCCCGGCGGGGCGGCGAAGCGCGCCGAGGGACCGGGAGCGGCAGCACCGAGCCCAGCUCCGGCUGAUGGACGCUCCAGCCCCGCAUGGCUGCAGCUGCAGCUCCAGCCCCGUGUGAUUUCGGCUCCCGAUGCCGCCCGCUCCAGCUCCGGCUCCUCCACGCUCCGGCCGAUGGACGUCCCACCUCGUCCCACCCCUGCCCGCUCCGGCCGAGAGACGCUCCUGCUCCUGACAGCCCCGGGGGCUUUUGUCCAGCUCCGGCCCUGCGUCAUUUUGGGCCCAGCCGAGACACCGGACGUUCCCGUUUCUCACAGCUCCAGCCCUACAGCUCCUCCCAGCUCUGCCCAAUGGACGCUCGAGCCCUGCGUGAGCUCCUGCUGCUUCCAGCUCCAGGCGCCGGACGCUCGGCUGGUUCCCCUCCUGCUGAUGGGCCCCCAGCUCGGAGUCAGAGCUGCUCCCCAGCUCUGGGGGCUGGUGACGAGGUCGUAAAUCAAUCACUGUCAUCGCUCAAGUACCACCCCUGUCUGCCCCUUGAAUAAAGCCUCGGUGCCCCCAUUUUUGCCCAGA